AUGUUUAUUUCGGGUCGAUCUUUGUCCUCCUCAAAAAUAUGGAUAACACGUCAAAUGCGUGAUAAAUAUAAAAAGAAAGCCGUGGCGCAUAAUUACCGAUCCCGAAGUGUUUACAAACUGAUUGAACUCGAUCAAAAAUACAAACUACUAAAUCCCGGAAACGUAGUUAUUGAUUGUGGCGCAGCACCUGGUGGUUGGAGUCAAUACAUUUCACAAAAAGUGUUCCUUGAUAUCACAAAAGAAGAAAAGAAUUCUUCUACUAUUGCAGACGAUAACGAUGGUGAUGAUAAUCUUAUAGUCGCCGAUAGAAAAGAAGAACAAGAACAAAAAGGUCUUGUAAUUGCAAUUGAUCUAUUAUCUAUUUUGCCUAUCCACGGAGUAAAUUUUAUCCAAGGCGAUUUCACACAUGCGUCCAUUCAAAAGAAAUUACAGGAUCUACUGAAAGGCAGGAAAGCCGAUAUAGUGGUUAGUGACAUGGCGCCAAAUUUCUCGGGACAACAUUUAGCGGAUCAUGUCAAAUCUAUGGAUCUAUGCGAAGCUGCAUUAUCUUUAUCUGACCAAAUCUUGAAAUCGGAAGGCAGUUUUUUGUGCAAGUUUUUGAUGGGUGGCACAGAAGAAGAAUUUAAGAAACGACUACAAGAAAGAUUCAAACAAGUUCGAUACGAGAAACCGGAUGCGUCGCGCCCAAAGUCGACGGAGGGAUAUUAUAUGUGUUUGGGGUAUAAGAAUAACAUUGAGCCGUAA